GAGGCAGGGAAACACACCCGUCAGCAACGCGCAUUGGAGAUAAAAAAGCGCAUCACGGACAAAGGAAAUAUGGGUGCGCUGGAGAGGGUUCAUCUCCGCCGGGUAGCACAAUGGAUGAGCUGCUUGUGCUUCUUUUACCGGGAGACCAAUUAGCCCACCUUAAUGAGGUGCUGGGACACAAGAUACUGCAAGCUAAACAGGCGGAAGGCUGCGUUUAAUCCGUCUGCGGAUCCUUUGAGCUUGCAAUGGCUGUGACGGGGAUAUGUAACUGGAUAGGGAAUAAUGUGCCUUUUUAUUUUGUGAUAUUUUCCUUAUUUUGUGGCCUUUCCUUUGGACAAUUGCGCUAUUCUGUUACCGAAGAGCUCGAAAAUGGGGCACUGGUCGGCGAUGUGGCGCAUGACUUGGGGCUGGAUAUUCGAAAGCUCUCCACCCGAAAAAUUAAGGUAACCUCCAACAGCGGUAAACGCUAUGUGAUUGUCAACCCCAAAAAUGGGAAAUUACUUGUCAACGAAAGGAUCGACAGGGAGGCACUGUGUGAUUUAUCCAACACCUGCCUCAUAAAUCUGGAGGUGCUGGUCGAAAAUCCCAAUGAGGUGCACCACGUCGAGGUGGAGAUUGUUGAUGCCAAUGAUAAUGCGCCGCAGUUCCCCAGAGACGAGUACCAACUAGAAAUCACAGAAUCUGCUUUGCCUGGGUCUCGUUUCCAAAUUGAAAACGCUGAAGACCCAGACAUUGGUUCCAAUUCUGUUCGCAUGUAUCAGCUCAGCACAAACGACCAUUUCGCGCUGGUGUCCAACAAACCCUCCCUGAAUACAAAGCACAUUGAGCUUGUGCUCAAAAAGCCCGUUGAUCGUGAACAGAAGCCUUACCACCAAUUCAUUCUAAGUGCUGUGGAUGGUGGGACGCCAGAGAAAACAGGCACGGCCACAAUCAAUGUCCGGGUCCUGGACUCAAAUGACAAUGUCCCCACGUUUGACAGCUCAGUGUACAAGGUGAAACUGUUGGAAAAUUCGGUCAAAGACACCCUGGUUAUCCAACUGAAUGCAUCUGAUCUGGAUGAGGGCACAAAUGGAGAGGUGUAUUACUCUUUCAGCAGUUACACCCCUGAGAGAGUGAGGCAGAUGUUCAGCAUGAACACCAAUACUGGAGAAAUAAGAGUGAGGAGCAAUGUUGACUAUGAAGAGACCAACUCCUAUGAGAUGUACAUCCAGGCGAUGGACAAGGGCCCUGGUGCCGUGGCAGCACACUGUAAGGUGGUCGUAGAGGUGGUUGAUGUAAACGACAACGUUCCCCAGAUAGUGCUGUCAUCUCUGUCGAGCCCCGUGAGGGAGGAUGCCCGUGCAGACACCGUAGUGGCCCUUAUUAGUGUGACCGAUCGAGACUCUGGCGCUAACAAGCAGGUGAGCUUAGAGAUCCCAGCAGGCCUCCCUUUCAAGAUCAAGUCAUUCAGAAAUUACUACACUCUGGUUACCUCAGCCUUCCUGGACCGCGAGACCACUGCUGCCUACAAUGUCACUCUGAGUGCCACAGAUGGAGGGAACCCUCCCCUCUCCUCUCAGAAGACGAUACAGGUGGAUGUGGCUGAUGUUAAUGACAACCCACCCCGAUUUGAGCAGACCUCGUACACCGUCUAUGUGGGUGAGAACAACGCCCCUGGAGCCUCUUUGUGUACUGUGAAAGCUCAAGACGCAGACAUCAAAGAGAACGCACGCAUCACCUACACAGUGCUCAAUGACAACAACCAUGGCAUCCCUGUCACCUCGUAUGUGUCUGUGAAGGCCGAUACAGGGGAGGCGUAUGCCCUGCGAGCCUUUGACUAUGAGUCACUGAGAGAGUUUCACUUCCAGGUCAAAGCCCAAGAUGGGGGCAUUCCUCCACUCAGUCGCGUCGCCACCGUCUACAUCUACGUAAUGGAUCAGAAUGACCAUGCACCACUGAUAGUCAACCCUCCCGGCAACGGCACACGCUCCUUGGAAACAGUGCAAAAGAACGCAGAGCCUGGUGUCAUGGUUACCAAAGUGGUGGCGUACGAUGCAGACGCAGGUCCAAACGCCUGGUUGGUGUAUGUGCUGGAGACGGCCACUGACCUGGACCUGUUCAAGGUGCACGAACACACAGGGGAGAUCAGGACCACUCGGAGGAUCCUGGAGGACAACUCCACAUCUUUCGGUCUGACUGUUGUGGUAAAGGACCAUGGGCAGCCUAGCCUCUCCUCCACUGCCACCAUCAAUGUGGCUGUCAUGGAGGUGCCGCCCAAAGUGGCCCCUGACCCGAAGAGAAUCAUACGCCCCCACAGCACGCUGCUGUUCUCCAACGUGACCCUCUACUUGAUCGUGGCUCUGAGCGCCACCACAUUUGUUUUCCUUGUCACUGUUGUGGUGCUGGCAAUCGUUCGUUGCCAUGCCUACUGCACCCAACCUGGGUCUUGCUCUCCUUGCUGUGUGUCGCAGAAGCCCCCUCCCGAUGGGGGGAGCAGCAGCGUGAGUGCUGGUGGGGUAGGCGGCGGAGGACCUGGAGCACAGCCCAAUAGCAAUGUGAUGCUUCGGAGAGACCUCAAAGUGGAGCCUCACUACAUCGAAGUGCGUGGUAAUGGCUCUCUAACAAAGACUUACUGCUACAAGACCUGCCUGACAGCCACCUCCGGCAGUGACACUUUCAUGUUCUACAACACGGGACGACCUAUCAGUGGCACCUGGGGCAGCGGUGCCGACCGCUUCUUCACCAAUAACAGUGGAUUUGUACGCAGACUGAGCAUGCCUGAUGCCUCCAUGCAACUCUGCCCAGAGCCGAAAGCCCCGAAUGCUGACUGGCGAUAUUCUGCAUCUUUGAGGACAGGGAUGCAGAGUUCGGUCCACAUGGAGGAGUCCUCUAUGGUGCAGGGGGCCCAGGGGAUGCUGGUCCAGAACUGGCCCACUGUGUCCAGCGCUGCAGAUGGAGAUGGUGGUGAACUCUCCCCCCCAGUGGGCGCUGGAGUAGACAGCAACAGCUGGCACUUCAGGUACGGCGCUUCCGGACAGGGCUACUACCCUCCUCAGCCCAUGAGGCCCGGAGAGAUUCAUCCUGAAGCCUUCAUCAUCCCCGGAUCCCCAGCCAUCAUUUCUAUUCGCCAGGACGCCGGCCCCGUAGAUGACAAAGGUGACUUCAUAAGCUUCGGCAAGAAAGAGGAGGCCAAGAAGAAGAAAAAGAAGAAGAAGGACAAGAAAGACAAGAAGGAUAAGGGCAAGGAUGAUGAUGAUUAGAGGUGAAGGGGUGACUUGAAAACAGAGCUAUCAACAAACUACCAUCCCAAUUACAGAGCCAGAAAAAACGCCAAAUACAUAUUUUAAAAACGAGGGAGCCUCCUUGCACAAUAUUUGCAUAGACAUUGUACAGUGGCCAAACCCUCAUUAGAACAGGCCUGGCUCCCCACGUCAUAAGAACGUGUUAAACAAAUGUCUUGGCUCAUUUGAUCCAUAAAGUAGGCCUAUAAAAGUCUAAGGUUUAUGGUCAACAAAUGUUCUUAAUGGAUAGACUUGAUCGAAAGGUUGGACCAAAUUCAAACAGAAAGGGUUUUAUUGGAUUAGAUUAGCCUUUCUGUGAUUUGCUGCCCCCUGCCCCACUUUAUACAAUAAAACAAAAACACCUGAAAAGGUGUUCUAUUUGUAUCUGACCAUUGUCAGCUGAGGCUGCCUGUGUUGGCUUCUCUGUCUUUAUGCAGCCCCCUUCCUUUUUGGCUAACCUACUUGGAGGUGAAGUGGAAGCCAAACAAAAAAAAUGAAACCGAGGCUUUUGUCUUCAGUAUUACGGAGGCCUUGUAGAAAUUCAGCAAAUGCGGUCUUUUGUAAAAAAUAAUAUGAAAAUGAAAAAGUAACAGCAUACAGUAUAUGUAUCAUGAGAUUAGCACCUUUAAGAGAUUGGGGUGGCUGAGACAAGUAGGACCACACUCUAACAAAGAGCUCUGUUUUUCAAUGUAAUAUAGCACACUGCUGAGGCUGAGGACUUGGACUGGGUUGCACCAACUAUGCGCAAAUUUGUUCCAAGGUUAGGGUAUAAAGUAGUUUCUCCAUAACUGCUGGUUAAUUUGCUAUUAGCAAAUUACUCGAUUCGAUUGUACCGUGGGUAGUAAGCGGACAACUCUACGGCUGUAAGUUAUAACCGAGAUUUCAGAUUUUUGUGAGCCAUUGUCAUAUUAUUGCCACAAAAAUAAAUGAGCUGAGACCCUGAAACUAUUUACCAUUAACAUAUGCAUUAAAGUGAACACAGGGUAUAGUUUACUGCAUUAUACAAUUUGGCCAGGUCUCAGAAAAUUGACUUUAAUGGAAUGGAAUAAAAAAAAAAAAAUCUUAGUUCAAAAAUUGUCAUCAGUAAUGUGUCAUUGUGUAGAAAAUGUGCAGAAACAUCACUGUUAUAGUCCUUAAAAAUUGCAAAUUGGCAUGGAAUUACUGAAGAAGAAAGGAACAAUGUUAAAAGAAAAUGGGAAAAAAAGUUCUGCUUUACUGUUAGUGAGUGCAAUUGUGUGACUUUGUAUAAUUUGCACCUGCUUACUUGCUUGCUUAACUAUUUAGUUGUGACUUAAGGUUAACAGAUUUUUGUGGUGCUACCGCUUGUGUUUUAGCAAUGCGUGGAUCGGGAUAAGUGGCUAACUUCGGAUAAAACUAGGGAACCUACGUGCAGCUGAUGCAACCGGCACCUGACCAUGCCUCUUUUCUUGGAAUAUGGCACAGGUCAAUGGGGUCAUAAUCCCACUGUGUAUCAGCACACUCAGAAUGACAUUAUUGUACACAAACACAGCCUCUUACUCACACAUACACACACACAAACACACUCUCUCUUACACACAUACAUAUAUACAGAAUACACAAAAAUAUACGAAAAGAACACUAACGGGAGGCCAAUGGCAUCCUUAAUGUUGAGUGUAUUAUAUGGAUGGGAAGCAGGAUCGUUGCUUGCUGCUUCAUUUCUGUUCAAGCCUGUUCCCUCUUCUUCUGUCUUUGAAUGUUAAGUAGUUGUUAUUCAAGCCCUGUGCCAUUGCCUCAACUGCUUCAGUGCUUGGAGCGUUUGCUUGCCCGCUGCCUGUUUCCUUGCUCUACUCCCGUUUCUUCGAAUCAACAUGGUUGGACGACAUUUCUCAUGGAAGUCAUUCUGCUUCAAUACCACAGAUAGAUACAUGCACAUAUAGUACACACACAAAGACACAUCUUUUGUUAGGUUCAACUUCAGCUGAGCUUAGGAACCUUUCAGCCAAAGUGUAUCUGUCAUCACUUGCAUAGUGCAUUGUUAGAAAAUCUGACAAGUUAGUUGAAUCUGGGUUGAUGCUGUGCUGGAAAUGUUGAGACAAAAUGGAGAAGCAAAAGAAUAGUCAUUGUGCAGCUCCAACGUAGAAGAUGAGGAAACUGCAGCAGAGUUAAUUGGGCAGGUCAUUCCUCUUUCGCAUGAGCAGAGGCAUUGCAGUCAUUCUUCUGUCAGCCAUUAGUAAGAACUGAUAAACGUGGGGUUGACUAAAACCAUGUACAAAAUACAUGCAGCGCAGUUCAGCAGCAGUGGAAGGAGGUUGACUUGUGGUUGACUUGGAAAGGGGGGAAUUCAAUUUAUUGGAGGUGAAGGACAUUUGUAAGACAAUAAUCUCAGCUAGCAAGACCUUUGAAAGGAUACCUUUUGUCUUAAUUGCUGCACACAAUCGAUAGAAAUAGUGUUGCAAGGACAUGCUGUGCAGAAAGAACGUCCAAGUUUCAUUGUCGAAGUGUGAACGGUGUAAAACCGAUACGCUUUGUUUGGCCCUGACAUUGUGAAACCCAGGUGUGGCAUGUUAGCAAACAGUUUUAGAUAUUGGAACAGCAUUACUAUGAAGGAAAAGUGUCAUAAAACCUCACCUCAGUGUUCCUUUCUUUUAAACAUUGUCUUACCACUCACAGUAGGGAAAUGUAGGUGCUGCUCGGGCUCGAUCCCUCCCAUGCACAUGUGUUUUCCCCCCCUACCCCGUCCUUCAGGUGUACCUCUGUCAGAUCACCAAGUGGCUGUUUGCAUGUUAUAAGCAAAGGAAACAGAUAAUAUAUAGAUACUAUAUAUACAUAGAUAUGUUUUUCCACUGGGAGAUGCGUAUCGGAAUACAUAUACCUCUGAUACACAUUCUCAAAUAUACACACACUGGAAGACCCACGCACAUUCAUACAUACAUACAUAGCUAUUGAGAACAGUAAUUCUGUGGAAAAAACCUAAAAGAAUCACAUUUUUUAUCCUGUUGAAAAUGAAUUUAAUCUUCUAGAUAUACAUAAUGCUAUUGUGUUAUGCUAUGAAAUGCUUCCCCCUCCCCCAUGUGUUUACCCUUAUGAUUUUCUAAGAUCAGAAAAUCAUUCCUGAAAGUUGUGUUAAACUUUGAAAUGAUGAUCAAACGAACACCAGUGUGAAAGUCAUUUACUCAUCCUCCAUAUAUAUCCCUUGUAAAGAAAACGGUAUAAAAAGAAGAAAAAAAAAGUCAAAAUACAUAAAACGUUGUAACAAAAAUAAAGUUGAUGUAUUCUCUGCUUGUGUAUAGUGGAUGUUCCUCGGUCGCUGGGUUUGGCAGUGAGUGGUGCACGCCAGUCGACUGUGACAGUGCAGAUCAGUUCAUAACUUUUUUUGUACACCUGCUUUUCAUUGUAAAGGUGAUAAUAGUGAAUCUUAUUAUUUCAUCUGGUAAUGUGUUUUGUUAUAAGUCACAAAUAAAGUUUUUCUUAAAUAUC